AUGUCUGGCGAUCAUGAUAGGAUACCCAAGGAUAGAGGAAGAAAGUCCAGAGACCCUAUUACCCAGAACAUUUCUGGAGUGAGCGCAGAAUCAGGUGGAAAAGUCUUCGCUGGAUAUGUGGAUAAUAGUAUCAACAGCGAAUACUAUGGUGGGACCCACUACCACUGGCAUCCUGACCCGACCGAGUCUCCUCCAAGCCCCUUAUCGACUGUGCCGUUCCGGCAUGAUCCAGACUUUGUUAGCCGCGAUGGACUCCUUGAUCAGAUCCACGAAAAGUCCUCGAUCCCGGGAUCUACACUAGUUCUUUAUGGUAUAGGGGGCGUUGGAAAAUCUCGACUCGCUAUCGAAUACUGCUAUCGAGUUCAACAUGAAUCACCUAACACCUGGAUUUUCUGGGUUCAUGCGAGUAAUGCGGCGCGCUGCGAGUUAAGUCUCCGCGAGCUAGCCGAGCGUGCUAAGAUCCCUGGGCGCCAGAGCCGCCAUGCCAAUAUAUUCCAACUCUUUAGGGACUGGUUGCAAGAUGGAAAGAUCGGCAAAUGGCUUCUUGUCCUUGAUAAUGUCGAUGAUGACGAACUCCUUCACAAACCACUAGCAAAUGGUACAGGUGCCCAGGACGCCCAGGACCGUGCCCCGAUGCAGCCACCGCUAAAGUACCUCCUUGAAGCUUCAAAUGGCUCUAUCAUUGUUACGAGCCGGAAUAAAGCAGUAGCAUUGGAAAUUGCUGGCUAUAAGAAGUAUCUAAUCGACGUGCAACCAAUGAAUGAGGCCGAGGCCUUGGAUCUAAUGCAGUAUAAGCUAGAUUCAGGUGUAGAAAGAGCAGACUUAGUUCAGCUUGUGGAGGAACUUGAGUUUAUGCCGCUAGCAAUUGUGCAAGCGGCUAGCUACAUCGUGCACUGUUCACCCCGUUGCUCGGCAUCGCAAUACCUUGAAAAGCUUCGGCAUAGUGACCGUCAAGCCACGACGCUUCUAAGUCAUGAAGGAAUUCACAUGGGCCGAGAUUGGGAGGCAAAGAAUUCCAUUCUACUAACAUGGCAAAUAUCGUUUGACCAUAUCCGACGAGUCAGGCAGUCUGCGGCUGACUUACUGUCUCUCAUGAGCUUUUUCGACUGGCAGGGGAUCCCUGAGGAUCUUCUACGAAUUCAAUAUACGGCAAAAAAUCAUGGAGUCCUAGGUUCUUCGGGGGUUGCGAACAAAUCUAGUGGAGAGGACACGGAAAGUUCGUCUGAAUAUGACCAAGAUGAAACUUUCGAGAGUGAUAUUACAACUCUCAGAGACUAUUCCUUUGUUACUGCGAGUGAACACUAUCCUAUGUCGAGUGGACAUGGAAUGGUAUUCACUAUGCAUCGGUUAGUGCAGCUCACAGCACGCACGUGGUUAAAAACAUACGGCCAGGACGAAGAGUGGAAGGAACGAUUCAUUGAUAGUCUUUAUGCUGAAUUUCCGACCGGUCAAUAUGAACACCGGGAGAGAUGCCGGACACUAUUUCCUCAUGUUAAGUCAGCUAUGUCACAUCGACCGAAAUCGCAUGACUGUCUCCGAAGCUGGGCUGGGUUACUCUAUAAGGGGGCGUGGUAUGCGCAAGAAUGUGGGAAUCUCCCUGAUUUGCGGGAAAUGGCGUCCAUGUCGAGAGAGCAGAGAUUAAAGGUAUUAGGGCUGGAAGACAAAGAAACACUUGAUAGCACUAUUAUGCUAGCGGUAGCCUACCGACGUGAGGGGAAUUGGAGAGAGGCGGAGCAGCUCUUUAUACAGGUCUUGGAGACGAGGAAGUCGAAGCUCGGUGCCGACCAUCUAGACACUUUAACGAGCAUGGCCAAUCUGGCGUUGACAUUCUGGAACCAGGGCCGGUGGGAAGAGGCGGAGCAGCUCCUGAAGCAGGUUAUGGAGACUCACAAGACAAAACUUGGCACUAGCCAUCCCUCCACGCUGACGAGUAUGUCUAAUCUGGCGUCGACGUUCUGGAAGCAGGGUCGGUGGGAAGAGGCGGAGCAGCUCGAGUUGCAGGUCAUGGAGACGAGCAAGGAGAAGCUCGGCGCCGACCAUCCAUCCACGCUGACGGUCAUGGCCAAUCUGGCGUCAACGUUCUGGAACCAAGGCCGCUUAGAAGAGGCGGAGAAGCUUGAGGUGCAGGUUAUGGAGACGAGCAAGGCGAAGCUCGGCGCCGACCAUCCCUCCACGCUGACGAGAAUGGCCAAUCUAGCGUCAACGUAUAGGAAUCAGGGCCGGCUGGAGGAUGCGGAGCAGCUCGACGUGCAGAUUAUGGAGGCUAGCAAGACAAAGCUCGGCGCCGACCAUCCAACCACGCUAACGAUCAUGGCCAAUCUGGCGUCGACGUUCUGGAACCAAGGCCGCUUAGGAGAGGCAGAGAAGCUCGAGGUGCAGGUCAUGGAGACCCGCAAGACGAAGCUCGGCGCCGACCAUCCAUCUACGCUGACUAUCAUGGCCAAUCUAGCGUUGACGUUCAGGAACCAAGGCCGGUUAGAAGAGGCGGAGAAGCUCGAGGUGCAGGUCAUGGAGGCUAGCAAGGCAAAGCUCGGCGCCGACCAUCCAGACACGCUGACGAGUAUGGCCAAUUUGGCGUCAACUUUCUGGAAACAGGGCCGGUUGGAAGAGGCGGAGCAGCUCCUCAUGCAGGUCAUGGAGACGAGCAAGACGAAACUCGGCGCCGACCAUCCUGACACGCUAGAAAGCAUGAAUAACCUAGCUUAUGCUCUUUGGUCAACAGAUCAAGAGAAAGCCGCUCUACCGCUGAUGGCGGAAUGCGCUCGACUGUGCGAGCAAAAAUUAGGGCCUGAUCAUCCGAACACCAUGUCUUCUAAGUCUACUCUGAAUGAGUGGCGUGGGAAGGCUCAUCCCACAUCUUCAUCCUCUCAGCUCACUAAAGCACCUACUGAAAGCAAAGUGGACCAGAUUCUGUCUACUGAAGUCUCUAAGCGAGUGCCCAGGCCCGGCGGACACCAUAGGCGCACAAUCCGCCAACGCCUCUUCGGCAGAAAGUAG